AUGAGGGUCGCCCGGAAGGUCGUCAUCCUCAUCGGUGAUGAGGGCGGUUUGGGAGCUGUCAUCUCCGACGGUCUCAGCGUGAGGCCAGGUUCUGACCUCUCAAGGUGAUAACUCGUCUUCCUUCUGAGCGAUUCGGACCUUGUUGAAGGUUUUUUGCUAAAUUUCUUCGUCGCUCGACGCCCUCAUUUUGUCUCUCUUUUUUUGAUCCAGAGAACAGUCAAGCCUCCAGCUCUCGCUGGAGAACUACGGUGUUAAGGAUCCUGGAGUGUCUUGCUCUCUGAUUCACUUCAACGAUCGUUGCGGUUCUCCUCAGGCACCUCCCUCCGACCCUUUAUCCCGUUUGCUUCCAUUAUUCUCGUGAAACUUCCGGAAAUUGAUUACUCUUCUCCUUUAAUUUAUUACUCUGGGCGGAGAUGGUGGAGAUGUGGAUUUCCUUACUAAGCCUAGCGUUCUGUGGGAGAUUGAAUUCGUUCACCAUUUUUAUAUGUGAUGGAUUGGUUGUUGAGAAUCUUCCACUCUUGUCCCUCACUGUAGGUCUUAAUCAUACUCGUGCCAAAUUUUGAGCCACCAGUUGCUGCAUGCGCUGUGAAUGAGAUCUUGGCAACAGUUAUAUCAGAAAAUUCCUCGGAACUGCCGAUAAUCGUAGUUCCCAUCUUUCAGCCGUCGCUGAAGAUCAGUCAGGAGCCUAAGAAACCAAAGCUCUUUGACAAUAGAGUUGCUAUUUUUGGUGUUGAAAUAGGCCUGGUGACCGACACAACUCAGGCUAUGUUGUCCGGGAUCCCUAAACCUCCUUCGUCAUUGCGGCUCAGUUGUGAAACAUCGGCCUGCUUACUGCAGAUGAUUCGGGUGUUAAAUAUUCCUUCCCUUCUAAUUGGUACAAGUAUUGGCCAACCAGAUAUAUCUGCUAAAGCCGAGGAUAUUCAGGUACUUAUUUUCUCUAUUUUGUAGGAGCUCUUCUAUUUGUAAAAUAUUUCGAAGUAUUUUGAGAAAAAGGUACACUUCCGAAGAUAGAAAGUGUUCUUUUGCUUUCAACAUUGAUUUUAUUUGUUAUGCUUCUCCAAGAAUAAUUUUUUCAUGAGGCUAUCUUUUUUUAUGUUUUUCAAUGAAAUUGACAGCUAGAAAUGAAAUUAGUUUCAGACACAGAUACUUUUCUCUAGCAGUUUUACAAGCGGUUUAUGUAAGAAUCCAUUUAUAUUAGUUUCCUUGAAGCUAAUUCUAUUGUGUUUUUUAUGUAAAAUGAUCAACGUUAUUAAGUAAUCUGAUGGACCAUGACUGAAUGUUAGACCCCGACCUAUAAAUCGCAUCCAUUAGUAGGUCGGAGCAAAUCACGGAAACCGCUCUAUCCACCGGCCGGACAACAUGUAAAUGUAGAACAAGAGGCGAAAAGAUCCCUGUCACUCAAUCUCAAACAUUUUUCUGGUAUUCUAUUAGAUCUAGGGAAAAUUCCUUCUGGCGGAAAUAUUAUUUGGGUAGAGAAUUUAGACUUUGGAGCCUGAAUUAGUCUGGGAACAGAAAUUGUUUCUAACUUUGGAAAACGUUUUAAAGUUAUUCAUUCUUUACGCUGACUAAAUGAUCAUAAAUAGUGGCUAAAGGGAGAUGAUGAAGUAGAGGAAUUUGGCCCUUGUAGAAGUUAGAGGAACAUCACUGGAACCAAAGAGGCAGUAAGAAUUACCACCAAAAGAAGAUAACUUCUGCUAUCGCAGCCAUAUCCAGCUCAACUUUGUUCUGAUAUUGAGUUUUGUUAUAAUAUUUGAGAGGUAAGGGUGCCUUUGGAGAAGCUAGAGAUGUAUGUAAGGUUGUCUGUAUUGUGAAGAGGUAAUCUUACUGGGGGACCUUCCUUCAUAACAGUAUAGUGGGACAGGCAGAAACAGAUAACUAGAUCCAUACCAUCCGUUUCCAGCAUCAUACUUCUACUUUCGGCUCUAAACUCAAAACUUUAAUGUAACCACUUUUUAACUAGCACCUUGACAGGAUGGAGCAUAGUUUAGAGAGAGGCAUUGACUAAUAGUGAAGAGCAGCACGACAAUCAGAUGGCGAAUACUCUGAGGUUGUCUAGAUAGGAGAGACUAGCCUAUAAGACUUACAACUUUUUACCCUAGUUUAUUCAUUUUUCAACCAUUCAUAAUUUUUGUGGGUAAGUUAGUCGCAGACGUAUCUUAGAGAUAUCUCGUUCGUCAAAAUCUAGCGAAAAGGUUUUAUAACUUUUUACCCUAGUUCAUCCAUUUUUCUAGCAUUCAUAGUAAGUCGGUAGCAGUCAUAGAGAUAUCAUGUUCUUCAAAAACUGAGUCAUUAAUGUUCAAGGAAAUAGAUACCAGCUAUCAUGGCUAUCAGAAAACACAGCCAUAGAUUUCAAGAAAAAUAACUUCUUAAUAUUUUACCAAUUCAUGAACCAAUCAGAUGUGAGAUCUCCUGUCCUACACUAAUGGAAUGAAAGAAAAUGGGGAAAGUAUGCCUUGGCCUUCUGCAAGUCUCCGGGGGCUUUUGUAAUGGUGACUAGGAGUCUCUCUGGGUUUCAUAAAAAAAAAAUGAUUAGGAUAAUCAGAUGCGCACUAAACACCAUCCUCUAUUUCAUGGUUUUGCCUUUCAUGGGCCUGGAACAGAUUUUAAAAAUCAAGUAUAAUUAAGUCAUGAAAUUCUGUCCUCGGAUAUUAUAUAUUUUUAAAAAGUCCUCUUCUCACAACGGAAACUCCCGUUGAAUGAUUAGCAGGAGUAUCUGUGAUUGCUCCACUACAGCAGUUUGUCCAGUUAUUGCCACUGCAUCUGCGACCUCACAAGACACCUAACCAGGGUUUUUCUUUGCAGGGAGUAAAUGGGAUUGGAGAGUUCUUGGCAAACUGCACUGGUUUAAGCUUCUCCAAGGGCAAGACUAACUGGAUAGAGAGAGAGAAAUCGAGGUCGCAAGAGCCAUGGAGAGCAUUGUAUGGCUGA